CGACCAAGACUGGAUCAAACUGUAACAUGUCUUGCACAGUUAAGCCAACCGUUUUCGCAGCUGAGCCCUUCAACCCCGAGCAAGCGGCGGACGCCUUAAGGAAAGCUAUGAAAGGCCUUGGAACGGACGAGGGCAUCAUUAUAAACAUUAUGAUGACCCACGACAACAGACAGAGGAGGGAGAUUGAGAAAACUUUCAAAACCAUGUUUGGAAAGGAUUUACGAGCAGAGCUGAAAUCUGAGCUGAGCGGACGGUUCGAGGACGUGACGCUGGCGCUGUUGGAGGCCCCCAGGACAUUCGACGCUAAAGAAAUCAAAUCCUCAAUAAAGGGGGCUGGAACUGACGAGACGACCCUCAUCGAGGUCCUGUGUUGCCGAACUAACAAGGAGAUUGAGGAAAUCAAGGCAGAGUAUAAAAGAUUGUUUCAAAAGGAUCUUGAGAAGGACAUCCAAUCAGAUACAAGCGGUCACUUCAAACGCUUUCUGACGUCACAAGUGACAGCCAAUCGGUCUAACACCACAGAAGUGAAUCCUAGCGACGCACUCAUUGAUGCCCAGGAACUUGUCAAGGCUGGAGUGAAGAAGCUGGGGACGGAUGAGUCAGUAUUUAACCGCAUCCUGAGUCUGAGAAGCUACAGCCAGCUGAAGGAAGUGUUCAAGGCGUACCAGAUGGCCUGUGGGGAGGACAUCGAGGCCUCCAUCAAGAAGGAGACAAGCGGGCACCUUGAACAAGCCUAUCUCUCUGUCGUGAAGCUGGUUCGGAACACUCCGGCUUUCUACGCUGAGCUGCUGUACAAGAGCAUGAAGGGAGCCGGCACCAAGGACAAGCACCUCAUCAGACUCGUGGUUUCCCGCUGUGAGAUCGACAUGGGACUGAUAAAAGAAGAAUUUGAGCGGAACUACGGUAAAACGUUGGCGAGCUUCAUCAAGGGUGACACAAGCGGCGACUACAGGAAGAUUCUACUUGGUCUCAUCGGAGAAGCAUGAUGACGUCAUUAGACAUUUAGUACGUCAUAAUGCACAUGACGUUAUUUCAUCAUGACACAACACAGUUAAUUCCACAAGUUCAACCUCUUGGAUGAGAUUGUAGUGAUUUGUCAUAACUAAAAUGCAGUCAUCAUUAGUGAGAGUGAACAGUUUGUGAAAAUGGAACCAUUUAUUUGGAAGUCGUGGAGGUAUAUGCAAUACUAGUACUAUGGAUUCAUUGCUACACAGUUUCGCGUUGUUACACGGAAUCGCCUUGUGUAUAUAACAUUUAUGUAGCCAUGUUGGUUUUUGUUGAAGGCGUCGGCGUUUAGACAGGUCGGGUAUAUCAUCAUCGAUGACCAGUGUAUUAUAUCUCUAUUCUAUAAUGAUAAUCAUCAUGGACCUAUUCGCCUCGUUCUCAGUCUGGCUCGAAUUGCACGGGGCUAUACAGCCGUCCAGUAAAGUUGGGCUGUUUUUUUAAACAAUUGUAACAUCAGCGAUAGAAUUGGUACAAAUCACCUGCUUGUAGGAAAAGAAUUUGUCUUAAUACUCAGGAGUAUAUAUUUUACAGCUACAAGUUCAUUUACUUGAUUAAAUACGUCAAGGGCUCACUCGCCAGAGUCGGAAAUUUUGAAUGUAGGUUUAUGCGAAGUCACGUUCAGAAAGGGGGUUUUGAUUGGUUGUUGGUUUAAGGUCAUUAUUGUGCUAGGUUAAUGGUAAGAUAGAUGGAGAAAGGAUAAUAGGAUAUAUUACACUGGGUAAUGAAGGAUGGGAUUUAUUUAACCUUGAAUAACUGUCCAAAACGAAUGCUGGUAUUUUUGACCAAUAAAACAACCCGAAAACAUUUAAACAGCACCACGUGACACAUCAGUGGAGCGUGUGUUUUUUAUCAAUACACUUGAACACGGUAAACUUCCCAUUGCAGAUGAGCACUGAGAUCAUUUUUCAUUUUUGAAGCCACAAAAAAUAUCUUCUAAACCAGUGCAGCAAAAGGACUAUUUGUUUGCUAUGAUUGACUCGACUGGUCGACUUGUAGGGACGGAGAUGUGUGGACGGAGAUGGCUUGACCACCGUCACCGUCGUGCGUUUCAAAAUGACGUCUUAAUUUCAUUUCAUUUUGUUUUUCUGUUUCGUGCUACAUUAGCUUUAUAGAAGGUCAGUAUUUUCAAACUUUCAAAGAUUUACAAUUUUUAAUGGAAAUUUCCAUUUUAAAUAAUAAUAUGAAACGUAACUAUCGCCUUCCUGAUAUUUGGAGUGACACUGCUGAAUCUGAGAGAAGAAUAAAAACAAAAUACACAGGAACUGGAUUUUUUUAUAACAUAAUUUAAAAUGCUCUCGAAAAUCUGGAACGAUCUUUUUAGGAAAUAUUCAGUAUAUCCUGACCAAUGACAUUAUAGAGAUGACGAAGUCUUUGGCCGUAGCGAAUAACAACACCCUCGAAAAAACGAUUGCUUUAAAGAAGCUUGAUAUAGAAGAAACACAGCCUUUGUUGAGAUAAUUGUUUAUAUAGAGUUCUAUACUGUUAUUGUUUGUUGCAAUGUAUUUUCUUGCUGCUCUUUGUGCACUUUUUUUAAAUGCAGUGUUUCUAUUAUGUCACAAUUUUGGCUCUCGAUAACUCGAAGCCGGUUAAUUCGAAACAGUGAUACAUUCUGCGCCGAAAAUGUUCACUUUGAAAUCAUUCCAAGUAUACUCAACCCCCCCCCACCACCACUUUGCAAAAUUCUUCUGUGAUUAUUGGGGUCACAUACUCGACACACGUUGUUUUUUUUCCAUUAGUGUGAUAUUUUAUAUAUAUUUAAUUAAGUAUAUACUUUAUUGAAUGUUUGGUUGACACGAUUCACAUUCCAGCUAUAACAUAGCGUAAGUUGACACAGAGUUGGUGAAUGUUUGAAGAGUAAGAUGUUUGAUAGUGACAAGAAUUAUACUAUUUAUCUUAUAGCUAAUGUCAUUCACAUCACACGAUAACACCUGCCAUGAAUGUUGUCCUAGUCCUUGUCGAGGUUACUAUUAAGUUAGUACUAGCUUUUAUAUUUAGGCAGAACACUCAGGUAUGGAAUCGUUAGAGUAGCAUUACUUGCUGUGCAUCUAUAGCAGAGGCCCACAUCGACAGCUGAAUAUUACCACGUGAAUAUCUACUGCAUGCAUUGUCACGAUAGGAAUUAGAAACAUCAGUUGGAACUUCCAUUUGUGCUGGGAAAACUGGAAAGCUAUCAUUGUCGAAUCACUGUCGUUCCCUCUCGGCUAUUUCCGCCACCCACGUGACAUUGGGAUUGAGGUGAGCCGAUUCGUCACAUCUCGACAUUCUCGCGUUGAAUUUCUUGGAUGAUUGGAAAUUUAUAAUUUGUGGCCAUUUGUGUCCUACCGAAUGUGUUCCUUCAAAUGCCUUAUGAAGAUGUUCGUCAUUCGGCUUGUACCGAAAAUCCACGAGUUGCGAAUCGUAACUUCCGGCUCUCCUGAUUCACAUUCUUCCGGUUCUCCCAGGAUUGAUUGUCAAACCGGAAGUCUCCAGUUCUGAUUACGUCAUGGUUGUGCGAGAGCCUCCUGGCGGCAGGUUGCUUAGUUACAACCUUCAGUCACCAGAUGGUAUAGCAAUAUUCUAUUCUUCAGAUUUAACACACGUUUUCCUCACUGUUAACUUAUCUCGAACCAUCGUGACUAUCCGUGUCAUUCCGGGACCGCCCGGAAAGGGGCGAAUGGUGACGAAUUGGGCAGAGUAUCAGGUCUGUUAACUGCAUCACUUUGUUUUCCUAUACUAUUACGAAUUAAAUCUUUUCUUACAUA